UACCGUCGCUGCCAGAUGACGCAACUAUGCAAUUUGAGCAGUGACAUCAGUCCGGCCUACUGCUGCUAAGAUUGGUACUCGCCCAAAUUUAAAGCCGUGUGAUACUAUAUUGAUUUUUUCGUAAAACUACUUGUAAUUUUUAGUAAUUCCGUUUAAUUUACAAAGCAGUAAUUCGACAAAUAAAUUCAGUGUGUUCCGUACAGUUUUAUGAAUGUUUGCGUGUGAUUUUGUGUUAAUUUAUUGGAUUUAUUUGAACAUUCAAAGCCGGCUCCUCAGAUUAGGUACACGCAAGAAGAUGAAAUAGAAGCCUUCCAAAGCAAGAACGUCAUCCUCCUUAAGCACAAAAACAUUGUAUUUUUAGUAAAAGAAGUGACAAAUGUUCAUACAUAUUUUUCCAGAUUAUAUCAUUAGCUUGUAGUAGUUAUACGGAAAAUUUGAUAUUCUUCCCUAGUACAUGUUGAACGAGGCGAGAAUGUCAGCUCUUCAGAACUCGGUCAAUAAUUCCAGUAGUGUUAGCGAAUUCUAUAAUGGAAAGACGCUGUUCAUCACGGGAUGUACGGGUUUUAUGGGAAAAGUCCUUUUGGAAAAGUUACUGAGAUCGUGUCCUGGAGUGUCGAAGAUCUAUCUGUUGAUUAGGCCCAAGAAAGGUCAGCAUGCACAAGAAAGAUUGCAACAACUGCUGUGUUCACCGCUCUUCGACACAAUCCGCAAAGAACGUCCCCUAGAUCUUCACAAAGUACUGCCCAUAGAAGGUGACAUAACACAACCGGAAUUAAACAUAAGCGUCAACGACAGAGCCGUACUGGAGCGCAGCGUCAAUAUAGUUUUCCAUAGCGCGGCAACUGUUAAAUUCGACGAAAAGCUCAAACUUUCAGUUACGAUCAACAUGUUAGGCACGCAACGGCUCAUCGAGCUUUGUAAACGAAUGGAUCACCUCGAAGCACUGGUACACGUAUCAACAGCAUACUGCAACUGUGAUAGAUCCGAGGUGAAAGAAACAAUUUACCCUCCUCCCAUUGGACCGGACCAGGUAGUGACGUUAGUUGAAGCUUUGGAUGAAGACUUGGUGGAUUCUUUCACGUCGAAAUUGAUAGGCAAGAGGCCCAACACUUAUACAUUCACAAAAGCGCUGGCGGAAUGUUGGUUACAAAAAAAUAAAGGCGACUUACCCAUAGUCAUUAUUAGACCGAGUAUAGUUUUAAGCAGUAUUAACGAGCCCCUCAGUGGUUGGGUCGACAACUGGAAUGGUCCUACAGGAAUUAUAGCAGCUGCCGGUAAAGGACUCAUCAGGACCAUGUUGUGCGAUCCAAAUAAAGUAGCAGACUUUGUACCUGUAGAUAUGGUCAUUAAUUUGAUGAUAGUGUCGGCGUGGAGGAUAGGAACUACACCAAAUAAAGAUAUAACAAUUUAUAAUUGUGUCACAGGCAUGCGAAAACCUAUCAAGUGGAAAGAGUUCGUAGAUUGUUGUUUUAAAUAUAGUCGGAAGCAUCCAGUGUUAGACGUAUCCUUUUACCCUCAAGGUUCCCUUACAUCCUACAGACUCGUCAAUAGCGUAAGGCAGUUAAUAUGGCAUUGGAUCCCAGCUUAUAUAAUCGAUUCUUUCGUCUGGUUGUCCGGUGGAAAACCUAUAUUAAUGAGAGUGCAGGAGAAGUUAGAAAAAGCUGCAUCAUGUUUACAAUAUUUUACAACCAAUGAAUGGAAAUUCGAUGAUGAAAAUGUACGACAGCUAGCGAUGGUUCUCAGUGAAUCAGAUAGAGAAGAGUUCUGUUUUGAUGUUGCCCGAAUAAAUUGGGAACACUAUUUAGAAAAUUACGUCUUAGGAAUUAGAAGAUUUAUAUUUAAAGAAGAUGUUGCUACCUUACCAAAAGCUAGAAAAAACAUGUCGAAGUUGUUUUGGACAUACAAAAUAUUCCAAGUUGUAUCGGUGAUGUGUAUGUGGCACUUUUUAACACUCAGAUACGCCCCAUUGAGGCGUCUUUGGAGUAACGCUCUCAGGCUUCUCAUACAUUUAGCAAGAAUGCUGCCAUUUAUAUAAAAAACAAAUAAAUCUAAAAAUUUACUAGUUUAGAAAUUAUAAUAUGCUGUAAUUUUUCUAUAUAUACAAAAAACUCCAGCUGUGGCCAGAUAUUGCUCACGGAAUGCUUUUAUUUUGGUAACGAUUUCGAAGUCAAACAAUGUAACGCGAAUAAUUCGCAGAUGUUUCUGGUACCGAUUACAAUUUAUUGUAUCAUUUACGACAUCCAUAAAAACAAGACAAAUAAAUAGAUUUUGUGUCCAUUCGCUAAACUCAGACACAACUGGCUAGUGAUUUUAGUAGGUAAUUUUUUUGUUUUUUGCCAAUUUUGCCAAAAUUACUAACUAUUUAGUAAUUAUUAACUAUUUAGUAGGUAAUCAUUUUUUUGCCAAUUUUACGAAAUUGGCAAAAUUACUUACUAAAAUCACUAAUCUUUAUUUCAAGUUAAGAAUAGAACAUUACGCUUACGGAGAUCAGUAUUGCCAAACCUCUCGCGUACGUAUGGAUACUCGACUGCCGAUUCAUUCUGGUCAACACGGCAUGGCAUCGCCGCGCUGCUAUCGCUAGUAAGAAAUACAUGGGGCUAUCUCCGUAAUAUUCUAUUCUAAACGUGGAACACUCCAUAGCCAGUUGUGCCUGAGUUUAGCGAACCGACUAUACCAAUAGUCUCUUGUUGUUUUCGGAUAGGUACAAAAUUUACCAGAGGGCUGGUAUUCAUUUUUCAUGUUAUUCUUGAAAGUAAUAUAACAUUCAAAAUUA